UCUCACACUUAGAGCUGUGCAAAAUGUGGAAUAGACUUCAUCAGGAGAUAAUUCUAGCCAACUCUGUAGAUUGUUUAAAAAAUACUAGAUGUGUUUCUAAAUGCACAGAAUAUAACUGGCUAUUAAUAUUUAUAAGUAAUAACCAGGGGCGGACUGACCAUUUGGAAACUUGGGCACUGCCCGAGGGCCCGGGAUGCCCCUGGUACCUUUUUCAUAGGCUUUUUUGAGUUUGGGCAACGAUACAGGGACUCCAUGAUCCCCCAUUUCCUGGGGG